AACAAGAUGAAUAAAACUCAGUCAAUGAAAACCAAAGGCUCUGUGCAGCAAAGUGGUGUCAAAGGUAAAAGAACUCAGACUGAUGCCUUGAAACUGAUCCUCAAAUGGGAUGCGUACAUCACUGAUGUCAUAGUACGAGUCAUUUCAAAGUACCUGCCUUUGCGCACCUUUAAGAAGUAUUACAAAGGACUGGAGUAUUCUUGUCAUGGUGUUGUGUGGCUUGCUUCAUGGCUGGCAAUGCUGUGGAUAUUAUGGCAGCCCUCUCUAUUUCAAAUGCAAGUUAACUUUUUCAUUGGUCUCAUCACGGACAUAAUAUUCAUUGCACUGAUCAAGUCGUUUGUCCGCCGCAAACGUCCUGCAGCUAAUCAGCCUGACACAUUCACCAUAGGCCCGGACAAGUACUCUUUCCCAUCAGGUCAUGUCUCCCGUGCAGUGUACAUCUCUCUCUUUUUCAUCCACCUCUAUCCUCUACCCACUAUCUUCUGGAUGCCGCUUCUCUCGUGGGCAUCAGGGGUGGCUGCUUCACGAAUUCUUCUCCAUCGCCAUUACUUACUUGAUGUUCUAGGAGGAGCUGGAGUUGGCUUGGUGAACUCCCUACUUGUCUAUAUUCUGUGGAUUGGCCCGGACACUGCGUCAUGGCUUGUCAGGUGGAUCUCAGAGGAGCGUAUAGAUGGGGAGCUUGAUAAUAGUUAGGUCUAAUUUUUUCGGGAAUUUUAGGCCAAAAAAUUGUUGAUUUAAUUGUUUUAUUUUGUAUGCCUUGCGGUAAUAGUUAAUCGAUAAGGGUACCAGAAAGAAAUGGUGGUUGAAAAAUUGGAAGCGAAAAUUCUGAAUAGUUUGCAGAAGUAAAGAAGCACCCCCUUUGCUUUGCAAACAUUUUGCUGGAAAACAGAUUUUGCCCAUUAUUCAGAGCAAAAAUAGCAACCACUUUUCUUAAAGCGAAUUUUAGCUUACUACUCCUCCCUUUAAACCUGCUUUGAAUUUUUAUAUUAAAGAAUGUAAAAUAUUGCAUCUCAGUCAGUCUAAUUAAACAAUGACUUUACAGUUCAGAUAACUCUAGCUCUAAUUUAGCGGUUUCCAAAGAGAAUUUUCUAUGAUAGGCCACUUAAAUGUACAUCUAAACUGAAUACGUCUAUUUAACCAAGCAUUUUAAACAAAACGUUUAUUGUAACACAAAUAUGUUGAUUUUUGAUGCUAGUUUACUGAAUAUGAGGAUACGUCUCCUAAUAAUUUUUAAUGAAGUCAAGUUCUGUUCUCUCAAAUUUCCCUGUUAAUUCAAUUAACUACUGCAAAAAUUGAUAUUUCUAGGAUUGCUUUGAUGUGUAAAUAUGGCACCCAAUGAGUUAAAAGCAUCUAACUAAAAAGACCGUCUACUGUAGCCACUUGAGGAUUCUCUUAGAAUUUGAUUAAUCUCCUCUGCAUUUCUAGUUUGAUCAUCUUGAUCAAUUAUAAGUGUAAGUGCAAUUUUGUUAAACAUGUGCGAUUAAUCGAAAAAUAAUCGAAGAAUCGAUCAAUCAAAUCUUUUCGAUGUCGAUUUUUUUUUAAAUGAUAUAAUCAAUUUUAUUCAACUAAUCGAUUAUCCGCCUUGAAGUAGUAGAUAAUCGAAAGUUAUUGAUGGUUUUCCCUGUCAUCUUCUUUUGAAUCAACAAGGUCUUAGUUAAUAACACUUUCGGUGGUGACUGAAAACGGAUCACGAUCAGCUUCAGUGAUCGUUGAUGAGGAUGAGGUAGUCCUAGAUGGCAGUGGCUGGCACUGCCAUUGUGUCAUGCUUAUGAUUUUUCAUAUUUGUUGUAUUUUUACAAUACUGUAAUGUGCAUUUGCACUGUGUACAAAUAACUUUACUACUGCCCUGCAGCAAUUUAAAGAAGCCCCGCUCUCUUGACCUUUCCCUCCUUAUAAAAAAUAAAAUAAUAUAUAAUAAUAAAUUGUAGUCUACAAAUAGGUCUACAAAUUCUUCGGAGGUUUGUGUCAGCAUCUCUAGAUUGCAUCGAUCUACAUGCAGUCACUGCCUAAAUGUUAAUGUCUUGAUUACGUUUGUCUCCAAAGCUUCUCGUACUAUUGACUGUAUGGCUGAGAUACCAAGGGACACAGAGCACUGGCCGAAGUGGCAUUUUUCUGUAGGUGUUUCGCACAUUAUAAUUUUGAGGCAGUUGUGAUAGGUCUGAAUAACGCCGGUGAGUAUGCCAAAUUUCAUCAAAUUUUGAGGGGGUCACUUUUUCAAAGUGGCACCAGUUGGCAUGGAAUGACCCAGCAGCACCAAAUUUACAUUCAUAUAACACAAAACACAAACACAGCCUGUCAACGUGCAGCAUCCAAAAAUUAAGAAACUGAUAAAUACAAAAUAAUAAUGAACAAUGAACUUAACCCAACCUCGGGACUCACAACCACCCAAUUCGCUUUUUUCGCAGUAAAAAUAAAAAAUACGGCAUUCUGUGCGCAAAACAAAUUUUUCGAUUAAAUUAAUUACUUGGACCGAUUAUUGAUUAAUUUUGAAACGAUUUUACGAUUCUUGAUUAAUGGAUUACUGAAAUAAUCGCACAUGCAUUUUUGUGGGAAAUUUAUGCUCCAGUGGUUACGGCCUCACCAGGAUUUUGAUUUUACAAGUUGAUUUUUUCAAUUGCUCUUGCAUUUAAAAUACUUUAAUCGUGAGGAAAUGUCACAAAAUUAUUGAAAGUUCCGUGGGAGAAGACUGAACAUUUUCAGACAAUUGUUAAAAAAUCAACAAGUUAACAUUAGCAUUUGUAAAGUUUUUAGUAACUCUCACGGAUGUAGAGCAUAGUUAAAUCAGCUAAUUUGUCAGGAAGUGAUGUGUAUCAUUUACUGUGUCACUAGUACUCUUUUGACAAGGUAACCUAGAAUAUUUUAAAACAUUUAGUUUUUUUUCAGAAAUUGUUAGGUAUAGUUGUGUUUCAUUGAAGUUUGACUGAGGAUGCUUUCCAUGAAAUCAUCCAGGCCUCUUAUUUAUUUGAUAAAGAAAUGCUGAAGUAGAAAAAAGAAUCAAAGAAUUUAAAAAUAAGAAAAGGAGGUGUGAAAGUUUGAUAACUUAGCCUUUCAUGAGUGUAGAAAUUAUCUCUGAAAAAAUUAAUCAAAAUGCCAUAAAAAUAUAAUUUAACAGGAACCUGCAUGAAAAGUAUGAUUUAAAGACAAGGAAUGAUUCCUCCACUGAGUAAUUUUUUUGUGCCUCAUAAACUAGUGUAUCAGUCUUCCGUUUUUGAAGCUUUUUCAAUACAAAUUUUUGAGACAAUAUGACUACUAGGAAAUCCAAAGUAUUGCACAAGGCAGAUACAAUUGUGGAAGCAUUUCAGUUUUAGCAACGGUGUUAGAGAUGCGAAACACGCAGAGGGUUUUGCCUUGUGUUUGAAUUGCACCCGUAAUGUACCAGAUGUCAUGUGACCUGAAGCAAUCACCCAUGUGUAUCUUCUUUGAAUUUAGUGCGUAACCACUAAAAAAUGAGUAGUGAAGUGAAAGGAACCUGUGUUUGCCUUAAGGUGUGAAAAGAGCUUGUCGGUCGUGAAAAGUGCUUUUGGUGUGCCGCUAAUUCUAACAUGGGCAUAAUAAAGAAGGCAACUGACAGAGCUUACCAAUCACAUAUUGACAUUUUAACUUAGUCCUGAAAAUCUUAACUUGCCAUUGUUUUUUGUUUCUUGUCUCUAAAAUUUUGCAAUGCCAUCAUUUUUUUUCUUUCAACCUUUGGUAAAAAUUUGACCGUCAAAUCAAAGUUUUUAUUCUUGCUUUGGGCCAUACAAUAAAAAAGACCCAGAUUUUUUAGAGAUCAUAGUUAAAAACUGACAACUGACUGUUUGUGAGCAGAAUCUUCUGUAAAAAUCGCUGAAGAAUGGGCCUUCAGAGAAGGUAUGAAUGUUUUCUCUUCAAAAUUUGACGAAAAAAUUAAAUCUUACAACUGAAAAACCAGGAAUCAACUCCCAAACAAGGUAUAAGUGUUUACAGUUAACAUUCGCAAUUUGUAUGCUCUGACUUCCAUUUUUGCUCUGUGUGAACAAGAUUUUUAAACAUCUCGUCCAGGAGUUGAUCUCUGAACUACCCGUUUUGUGAGUAGUUUUCUACUUGUCUGGUGGCCCUUUUUGCAGAAUGCCAACUAAUAAGCAGCCCCCUGUUUCUGCAAGAAAUUUGUCGUUCAUUUAUUUAAUUGAAAUUGACUGAUGAUUGGAACCAUCUGGGAGAAGUUACCUCUGUAAUACAAGUUUUCUUUUCUUCUGAUUUAACUCUCAGCAUUUUUUUUCCGGAGUCCAAAAAAUUGAGAUAUUUUCUAAGUAUUGACAGUGAUUGAUUAAGUCAGUCUUAAUGUAUCUUGUGAACAGAAUUCGAACAAGCAGUUGAUUAUGUAAAUGCUUAGUUCAUUGUUAUUAUUUCUUGGAGUGUUUAAGAUUGCCAAUUUUAUCCUAUUUUUGUAGAAAUUAACAUAGAUCCACUCCUAACAGUAUUUUGUCGUUGUGUGACAACCUACGUUUUAUACCUAUAUUAAAAUGGCAGCCUGUUUUGCCUGGGAGGGGUGGGGGGUGAUUUGCAGCUUUCUAAAUACUUAUUUUCUAAUUCCAAAGAAGAGAGCACUUGUACUUGUACUUGUUGGCAGUUCUCAAAAAGUAUGCAAAAUAGGCAUGCGUCUCCAAAGAGGAGUGCUCAAAAGUAAGGUUCCUAUCAAUUUUUUCUAUUUAUUUUUUGACUGCCUGUUUAUGUUAACAGAUGUCUCUGCUGUACAAGCAUUACCACUCCUCAUUCUCUCCUUUGUUGUUUCUGCUUGCUUGUCCUGAAAAUUUUUCUGAAAAGACAUGGCAAUAAAAGUUUUGUUUCUUCUAAA